AUGCGAGAGUGGAAUUGCAUGACACCUGCUGCUUCAGCGGUCCCCGGGCCUGACACCGCUACCCCCACUGCACCGGCAACACCCGAGCCCCCUCCGAAGCGGAGGCGUACCAAUGAGGGACAACCCUCCAUAGCACCGCGAUCCUUGCUUGCAUCGUGCAGGCGGGCAUUCACAGAGGGGGAGGUGGCAGGGGCGUUUUUGGACUGUGCGGGCAUGUCCGUUGUGGCGCCCUCCACCAUCCCCCGGUAUGCCGCCACCCUAUCCUUUCCCCACCCUGCUUCUCCAUCCUCACACCUAUUCUUCCCCCCACCUCUCUCUACUCUCCCCACUCGCCCCCCACCAGGGAUGGACGACGAGCCACAUGGCGUGUUCGCAUAUAGCAAGGUGUUUGAUCAGCCGGGCACCAUCUACUACGAGGAUGGCGCUCUACCAGGAGACUCCACCUCGCCUUCCUCUUCCUCUUCAUCCUCUUCCACCUCCUCUGCUAGUGUUCUCAUUGUGCUGGCUGCAAGCGCAAGAUCUGAGUACGCUGCCAUUCUUGUCUUCCUCCGAUCUCCUUUCUGUCCAUCGCCCUCAUUGCAUUCCCUUGUCACCCCUUGCAUCCAUCCUCUGCGCAUCCCUUCUCCCCCCAUCCAUCCUCUAUGCAUCCCUUCUCCCCCCAUCCAUCCUCUAUGCAUCCCUUCUCACCCCAUCCCUCCUCUAUGCAUCCCUUCUCACCCCAUCCCUCCUCUAUGCAUCCCUUCUCACCCCAUCCCUCCUCUAUGCAUCCCUUCUCACCCCAUCCUUCCUAUAUGCAUCCCUUCUCACCCCAUCCCUCCUCUUUGCAUCCCUUCUCCCCCCAUCCAUCCUCUAUGCAUCCCUUCUCCCCCCAUCCAUCCUCUAUGCAUCCCUUCUCACCCCAUCCCUCCUCUAUGCAUCCCUUCUCACCCCAUCCCUCCUCUAUGCAUCCCUUCUCACCCCAUCCCUCCUCUAUGCAUCCCUUCUCACCCCAUCCCUCCUCUAUGCAUCCCUUCUCACCCCAUCCCUCCUCUAUGCAUCCCUUCUCACCCCAUCCCUCCUCUAUGCAUCCCUUCUCAACCCAUCCCUCCUCUACGCAUCCCUUCUGACCCCGCCCUCCUUACCACCAUCCACUCAGGUUCAGCAGCCUUGUGGACGGACGGCAACUGGCAUAUUUGCUCUGCAGCAACGAAUGUGAUGGCUGGCACGUAG